UGCCAUCGGCGCAGGAGCGGCGCAUAGCGCGUCGAAUGCACGCGCGGAGCGUACCGCCGCGCGCUGGUACGCCGGUGCAGAGCGUGCCUUUUGCAGUCGGGUACGGAACACCUUGACGCCGCGGCUUGUUUACGUAACGGUGACGUCACGCGUCUGGCGGCGUUGGUGCAGUCCGGUGGGCCGAUGUGGUCUAUGACAGGGCUUCACAUGGACAUGCGGCGACGUCUCCGGCGCGGGCAUCCGGAAAUGAUUCACCCCUACGAUUAUACUGCUCGUGUUUAUGAGUCAUUGUAUUGCGACGCCACCGAGUCAUUCGUGGCUUGCCUGGAACAAGGCAUUGUGACUUGGGAACUUUUAUUGCAUUUGGUAUUUCCGGAAGCACAUUUAGUGCCUUACCACAUAAUCAUCGGGUUUUCAGAGUAUAACGUGACUGGUCACUCUGCGAUCGACGUACAGUAUGCAAGCACACGCCCCACACGACCGCUGGCGCACACCCGCAUGGUACUCAUGUCAACACGGAAAACCAGGCGAACAAAAUCGACGCGGUGACGGCUGUCCCGGGGUGCGGUGAUUUCGUUCACUAACAUGCUUCUCUUUCUCUUCCAGGCCGUGCACCAGUGAUGGUGACGGAGAACAUGUACGGACCUAUCCAAUACGGUGACGUCAAGGUGCAGUACACCCCGGUGCCACCUGGCGGCGGCUAUUACUACCCGCCAGUCGGCGUGCCAAAGACCGAAGACGAACCGCCGGCCGCGCCGCUAGAGGCGCUGCCGUCGCUGCGGCGGCAGGACGCAGCGGCCGGGAAUCGCAGGCGGCGUGAGUUCACGCAGGACAGCCACAAAGAUGACAGCUACUGGGACCGCCGGCGGCGCAACAACGAGGCGGCCAAGCGCAGCCGCGAGAAGCGCCGCUUCAACGACAUGAUCCUGGAGACGCGCGUGGCGAGCUCACCAAGGACAACUACCUGCUUCGCGCGCACGAUCAACACCAUCCGAGACAAGUUCGGCAUCAUCGUGUGA